AUGUCUUCGUCUUCUGGCGUAGUGCUUCGUCCUAGCAUGGCGGCGGGCUCAAACACCAUUGUCGUCAAAGUUGGUCCGAACGGCAAGGAGUACAACCUACAUACCGGCCUUCUCAUACACCACUCAGGCUACUUUCGUGGAGCACUUUCUGGCGCAUUUAGAGAAACCGAUGCCUUUGAUGUGUUUGUUGAUCGGGCGUACCAAGGCACUUUGAGGGAAGACUUGGAAUACAUCCGACACAGUUACAGGAGUGGCUUGGCCACCGCGUGCCGAGCUUAUGUUCUGGCCGACAGACUGCUAGCUCCUGGCCUGAAGUCCGCACUGAUAGAUGCAUAUUUCGACAAGGAUAUCCACAACCUGGACAGAUGGUACCCUAGUUGCCGCCGUGUCAUUCACGCUUACGAACACCUCGCCGGAAACGAUCCGUUAUUGCGCCUUUACGUCGACCUUUGGGCUAUUAGCAAUAUUGUCUAUAAGAUGGACCUGUAUGACAAGGUUCUAAUGCCAGACUUGCCACAGGCAUUUCUCGUUCGUUAG